AUGAUGCCGGGCGAGACCCACUCGGCGGCGCCGGGGACGGCGGCGGACCUCUCGCGCUGUCAGGGCUGCGCGUCCCUGCAGCAGAAUUUGAAUGAAUACGUUGACGCAUUAAUUACCUUGAAGCAAAAAAUUAUUAACACAGAUAAUUUGUUAACAGAAUAUCAGAAGAAAUGUGAUGAUAUCCUUUUACUGGCUUUUUCCUUUGAAUUUUUAAGAAUAGAGAAUAGUACUCUGCAUCACCAAGUGGAGCAGAUGCUUCAAAAAAUUUCUCCUCUGCAGAAGUGUCAGGAAGAAUUGGGAGUUUUAAAAGCUGAAUUAGAAGAGAAAAAGAGUUCUCUAAAGUUGUAUCAGGACACUCAUCGGGAAUAUGCUCGUGUGAAAGAAGAAUGCUUAAAAACUGAUGCUCAGAAGAAGAAACUAGAAGCCAAAGUGAAGAAGCUGGAAGAGGCUGCUGUCAAGCAAACUCAGGACUUCAAGCAACUAAGGAAUGAAAAGAAAAUACUUGAAAAGGAAUUUAAGAAGACACAGGAAAGACUUGACGAAUUUUCUAAACAGAGAAAUGAAAGGGAAUUGAGACAUAUUGGAACACAAAUUUCAAGUGAUUCUUACGGAAGCAUCGAUAAAAGGAAGGUAAAGCUGCUUCUGAAGGAGCUCUGGCUGUGCAUCAACACCACACACAGACUCCCCGGUGAGGGCAGCAGAUGCAUCCCAGGAACGCCUGCCCAAGAAAACCACAGAUCCAUCGAGUCCAGGGAAGAUGGGGUGCUCCCUGCAGCAGGUGGCAGCCCCGUCCGAACCUCGGCUGUGCAGACGUGCCUGGCAGAACUGUCCAUGGAGAUCGAGGGUGACUUCUCUGCUUGUGAGGAUGUGGGCAGAGCAGCGGGUCGUGACAGCGGCCUCUCUGGGGAGGAUCCGGCUCCUGAGGCUGCGGCGCGGAGGGGCGCGGCUCAGGGCCCUGGUUUCGACGAGGACCUCCAGGCUGCAGUCGACUUCUUCAGGCGGCCCCCGCCCCUGCUGUCCCCGGUGCCCUCCCCGCCGCCUGUGUUGUCGCCUCGUCUGGGCGGCUCACCUUCUCUGCUUGCACCUGAGCCCUUCUUUGGAGACGGUGCCAACUCCAGUGAUUAUGACUCGGCCCCACAUAGGAAUCCUGAGCCUGUGUCAGAAGAUGAUCCGCCUGAGGCCCAGGACCGCUGUGGCUCAUCUGGAGAGAGGGAAGGAGCUGGAGCCUGGGAGGAGCGGUCCCAUGUCCGCGAGGCCGCCCCGGCCCUCAGCGCAGGGACCACGCUCGGCUUUGGGACCUUCGCAGCAACCCUGUGGGAGCCCGCGGCCUCGUUCGCCUUUGCUCGGGAGCAGCUCUGGACCGUGUCCUCUGAGCUCAGGGCUGGGAGAGAGAAGGGCGUUGUGGACGAGCCGGGCAGACACACAGAGGUCGGGGAGAAGGCCAGGUUGGUGCACGGCGGGUGGACACAUCCCAGAGCCACGGGCGGCGAGGCUGCCGAGACGCUGUCGGGCGGCCUGGCACGAGAGGAGGGCGCGGCUCACGGUCAGUCAGACCCGCCUCCCCCUCCCCCGGGCCUGCGGCCGCUCAGUGAGCCCAGGGCACCUGAUGGGAAGACCCUGCUGUCCCCAGUGCUUGAAUCACCCAAGUCAGAGCUGGCCAGGUGGACGCUUAAUGAUGGAACUGCAUCUGAAUCGGGGUGGCGGUCAACUUCUGGUCAUUUCCAGGGACAGCCCAGAGCCUUGGAGAAGGAAAGAGGAGCCAUGCAGAGGUGCGUUUCAGGAGCACCCCCUGCCCCGGGAGCUGCGGGACUCGGCCUGGGAGAUGCGUGGUCUUGCUCCUUGGCCUCGCGCGCCUCCCCUCGCUGCGGCCACCCCCCGUCUCCCUCGGGGCUGGAGGGUGGCGGUGGUCCUGCCAUUCCCCCUGCCAUUGGCCCUCCCCGCCCGCCUGGCUCAGAGCAGACGGCGCCUGCUGUCGCGGUGACCAUGCUGGAGGUGCCCUCCGAGUCCCCAGGGUGCCCCUUGGGAGGGGGCCAUCUGGAGAGCAGCUUCCCCGCUCUGAGCCCCGUGUUGGGGGCGUCUGGUCCUUUUGGUCAGAGGGGCGGCCCACUGGGAUGCACGGCCUGUGUGAAGGACUUGAGCAGUGCCCGCUUGCUGCCGCAGCCUCUGUUUCCCCCGCGGUCGGCAUUCUUCCCGCGGUCGGCGUUCCCGGGGGCCGCCAGCAGCGGGCUGGCUGCUAGGCAGGCGCUGAGGGUGGAGCUCGCACGUGCUGGAACAGGUUUCACAGCAUCACCGCGGCCUCCGUCCAGCUUGGUCAGGAGCGGCUUAAACUUUGGCAGAAGCGCUUCUUGGCACCACAGUGACCUCUUGCGGCGGGGCGGUGAGGAGAGGCUGAGUGCACAGCCCGACGGCGCACCGCGGGCCACGAGGUCCUCAGAGGGCAGCGGGUCGGCGUCCGCAUUCGCCGGCGAGGACCACAGUCCCGCUGUGCCCCAGGCCCCGGCAUCCGUGCUGCCCAACCAGGUGUCUGUGAUCACGAAGCAGGCGCGGUCAGGCCCCGCGCAGCCUUCCCGCCUGGAGCCCCCGGGGCCGGCCGGGAGCGAGCCCGCCUCAGCGAUCGCCGGCGACGCCCAGGCCGGCUGGGCGGCGUGUGGAGCGCAGCAUGGCGGAGAGAGGGGUGCCCCUGCGCAGAGCAGGGCCCGGAGCCCUGCCUCAGGAGCCCCCACCUCCUGGGGAAGAUUAGAUAGUGAUCCUCCAAGCGGUUCUUACCCCGUAGAAAAUUCCCAUCAUCCUACAGACUGUAAAUUCUCUUUCUCUCCUGAGAACAUCCUGGUCCCAAACCGAGAGGCCCUGACAGGCGGCGCGGUGCAACAAGAGGCUCAGAAGCGGAGCCCUGGUCUUCCAGCCCCAGAGGUGCACACGGCCAGCCUGGACGUGAACAGACGUCCAGCCCCGGAGCGGACGCUCUCCAGAGGUUUUCCUGCUGGAGAGGAAGUCAGGUGCCCUGGGGUGUCUCUGGCCUUUUCACAGGCCCCGCCUGCCCUGCAGCGUGGCCCAAAGGAACGCCUGCAGCUGGAGUCUGAGAGUCCUGGCGGUGCGCCUCCUGAAGGCCUGGGCACCGCCGAGAGUGCGUUUCCGCGAGCUGCCCCGUGCUGUUACAGCGGCAUCCGGGAGGCUGGCGGAGGCGACACUGAGGUGGAGGAGAGCGAGGCGCCCAGCGGCAGCGAGGGGGAGACCGAGCCUGACCCCGCCCCCGAGCCGGGCCCGCACAGCGCCCCCGGGGCCCCCAGGUGGGCCGUGGGGGCUGCAGAGGCUGGGCCUUCCGUCGAGGUGGGCUCCCUGACCUCAGCUCUGCAGGACUUCAACAUCAGCACGCUCUCUGAGACGGACAGGCUGUCCACCUCCGAGGUCGUCAUGUUUCUUGAAAGCUGUCAGCUGAGAGACUAUAGUUCAGCAGACUCCGUUUCAGAAUGUUCUAGCAAAGGAACCCUGAAUAGAGGAAUGAAUGAGGAAUUGAAGCACAGUGGACCAUCAGGAGAAGGGUAUGGAAGUCAGAUCUGUGAAGAGGAAGCGCUGGAGACUUCUGAAGAGUGGGUGGAGUCGGAGGAGGACGACUCUCCUUUGCGGGGUCAGCUCCCUCGCUGCUCCCUGGAGACACUAUCCGAGGUGCUCACCAGGCUCGGGCAGGAGCUGCAGGCCAGCCAGGAGGACAGCGGGGCAGAGGAGGCCACGGGGCUGCUGCUCUUCAGAGGGCCUGAGAGCGCGACGGCAGAGCACCUCCAGCAGCAGCUUCCGCCCCUGAACACGACCGCCGCCACCUCACCCGCGCCGACGGCCGGCCCGCACACGCAGGGCGGGUCCCCUGCACAUGCUGCACCUGGCCGCAAGAACACGCAGAGCACGCCUGAGGGCUGCGUGGGUGCGGUCGGGCCGCUGGGCAGUGGGGAGGAGGCCCCGUCAGAACCCACAGAGCCCUCGGUCCUGAGUGCUGACCCAGGAGCGGGUCCAGGAGAGGUGAGGCUUCAAUGUCAGAUCUCCACGGUGACCUCUGAGGUCAUCAACGUGCUCAUCAACAAGGAUCAGAACCUAGUCAUUGAGAAAGGGGACAACUGGACCAUCAUCAAUGGGGUGGCGCUCAUGCCGGAGGUGGGCCAGGUUAUCCUAUGUGAUGCCCCAGAGGACGCCCCGCUUUCCGCUGAUCCGGAAGAGCUGGCAGCUGGUUUCCUGUCGGUUCCUCCCGUAGAGAGAUCCCCAGAGGCUGGUUGCCCUGUCGUACCUCUUCAGGAGCCCCCGUGUGGCCGCAGUGUGGCUGGAACCCAGGAGGAGAUCUCAAGCAGUGGGCAGAGUGGUAACUUCGAUAAAAGUCGUUUGCGAAACAGACCCGUUAAACCCAGCGUGAGGAUCAGCUCUGAGAUAUAUGAUCAGAACUUUGAGUCGCAGACUGCUCCGUUUGAUCACACUUAUUAUAACUCGAAACUGGAGCCACUGGGCAAAAAUAAGAAUCGAUCAAAGGUUUCAAACAGAGAUCAGUCCAACAAGCCAGUCAAGACUCCAGCAUCGGGCCGAGUUGAAACCACUCAGCGUGAAGUCUCUCCUUCGUUUUCAGGGGAAAGAGGUCAGGGAAAACCCCAGAGAAGUCACACGCAAACCAUCCUGGCCACUGCCGACACAUCCACACCCGCAGACUGCUGUGUGGACACGCUGAGCAAGAUCCGGCAGGAGGUGGGGCCCCCGCUGCCCCCACUGCUGGCGCCCCUGAUCGCCACGCCACCACGGACAUCCAGGCCAGCAUCUCCCCUCAUCUCCAGCUCCAGCCCCUCCUCGCCCCUGUCCCCGCUCUGCCCGAUGUCCCCGUCAUCCGAGCCCCUGGCACCUCCUGUGACGUCCCCGCCUCCAGAGGAGCCAGGGCCCUGCUCUCCUCCGUGCGCCUCCCCGUCCCCGUCGUCCGCGCCGGCUGAGGACAGGGUCUUGUCGUCCCCCCUGCAGUUCUGUGCAGCAACCCCAAAACACGCCCUCCCAGUGCCUGGCCGCCUGCCCCCGCUCGCCGCCGCCCAUCCUGCGGUGGCAGCGCCCCCGGAGAACUCGGUGAAGAUCCUGGACACCAUGUACCCGGAGCUGUCCGCCCGGGCCCGCACCCUCAACAUCCUUAAAGGGAACAUCCAGCUCACGCGAGGCCCACCGGCCGACCGUAAGGGCCUGCCGGGGCCCGUGGGCACCAUCGCAGGCUUCCAAGCCAUUGCUUCCAGCUCCACCGCCUUCGUGAAGGCAGGGGGAAGCUCCAGCGGCGACGGCAAGCAGGACAAGGCAGGAGGCCUGGGGCCUCCGCAGGACGCAGCUGGGAAAAGGACGUUGUCUGCAAGCACUCUGCGGAGCGCCAAGAGGCUGCGCCUGGACAGCGGGUCCCCAGAGCCGGAGCCCACCCCGAAGGGUAUGGGCUGCAGCCCCCAGAGGGACGCCCCCCAGGCUGCAGCCCCGAACACAGAGGAAGAUAGGCGUCCUCUCCCAGAUUCGCAGUCGCCCCCCAACCCUGAAGAAACCACAGAGACCCCUGACAGAGUCAUCGCGGAGGCCCUGAGAAAGAUCAGGGAGGCAGCUUUUGACCUGUUACCUGUCAUCCGGAGUCACGUGUAUGUGGGAAACAUCUCCAAAAAGCCAGUCAUGCGAGACCAGGAGAAGGAAGUUGUCUACGAGUUCAGCACCACAAAAAAGCAUUUAGCAGAGAGCUUGCUUCACUGUAUCCUCUCAGAGCUGAAAAAUCAGAAGAUGUCCAUGGAGCACAGUUACAUCCACGCGCUCUGCAGGGUGUACGUGGGGAUCUGCCGGCAGCUGGGCGACCUGGAGAGGGCGCGCCUUUUCUGCUACGGCCUGCUCAAGGAAGAUUUCCCAGAGUCUGAGAAGCUGACCUUGUUCAUUGCAAACAUGUGGCGUGAUGUGUUUCUCUCUCAGUCUGUGAUUAACAAGGCGAUGCAGCUGGUCGCCAGGCAGCGCGCCAAGGGAGAAGUUCUGAACUGUUUGCGCGCCUUCCUCAAUUGGGAGAAGAAUGCGCCUGUAGAUGUUGGCUUCAUGGUUUCUAAGCUGCUUUUGACCAUACAGUUAUGUCCAAAAACAGAAUUUCAGCCCAGUGCCAGGUUUGGGGAAGAUCUGAGUGAUAGCACUUGGGAGUACGUAUGCGCCAUCGACCUGCUGUGCUGCCACCAGAAGUGGGUUUGGACGCACGACAACAUCAUCAGCAAGGAGCUGUGGCCUGUAAUGGAUAAGUGGAUAAAGUACAGAAAAGGACAUCCGAACAUCGCCUACACUCCUGAUAUCAUCAUAGCAUCAGUGCUGAGGCUCAUCGGUCGUUUAGGUCAAUUGGGUUUGAAGGAAGGGUUCCCGUCUGCAGUGAAGAACAUCAGUACGGUGAUUGGUAUGUUUAUCCAGCAUGCCCAGGAUGAAGAUAUCCCGUGGGGGGUCCAGCUGGCCGCUGUGUACGCCCUGUGCGACCUGAGCCCCAGCAACCCGGCGGAGAUCUCCAAGAUCCUGGAUGCCUGGCGCAGGGAGACGGCGCGCAGCGUCCCCGCCGCGGUGCUCGGUGCCAUGGACGAGGUGGGCGCGCUGUGCGCGGAGGGGCGAGGCUGA